AAAACGGGUGAAGCAUUCAUCUGUUGAGACUCACUUUCCAGGGCUCUUACUAAGUCGAGAGGAGAAAGAAAGGGGGAGAAAAAGAAGUAUGUCUUCAAUGAACUCGUCUGCAUCCCAUCACACAGAGAGAGGAUGUUUCAAAAAUUCCCAAGUGCUCUCAUGGACCCUGGCCGGGGCCUCCAUCCUGUUUCUCAGUGUCUGUUUCAUCACCAGAUGUGUUGUAACCUAUCGCAGCUGUCUAAUGUACGAGCAGAGACAGUUACAGUCACACGAAACAGUCAAGGAGCUGUCCUGCUCCAGUGUCACAUCAGGUUCCGUCAAGAACUGCUGUCCUUUGAACUGGAAACAUUUUCAGUCGAGUUGUUACUUUUUCUCCACGACCACCCUGACCUGGCCAUCAAGUUUAAAGAAUUGCUCAGAAAUGGGGGCUCACCUGGUGGUUAUCAACACACCAGAAGAGCAGGAAUUCCUUUUUCAUACAAAACCCAAGAAGAAAGAGUUUUACAUUGGACUGACAGACCAAGUGGUGGAGGGUCAGUGGCAAUGGGUUGAUGACACACCUUUCACAGAGAACCUGAGUUUCUGGGAUGCUGGAGAGCCUAACAAUAUAGUUCAUGUGGAGGACUGUGCCACCAUAAGGGACUCUGGAAAUCCCAGGAAGAAUUGGAAUGAUAUACCGUGUUUUUACAGCAUGCCUUGGAUUUGUGAAAUUCCAGAAAUAAGUCCUUCAAACUAAAUGCAAAUGAACACGGGAGACAUGAUUUAAAUGCGUGAGGAGAAACAGGAAUGUAACAACACCCAAAAUCCAACAUGGGAAAACAUCCAUUAUGGACCAUAAGGACCACUUAUGUGUGUGUUACUCUAAGUAAAAGUGACUUGUUCCAUUGUUAAAAUCCCUAGUACUGACCGAUGUUCUCACCAUAACC